AAGUCACUGAAGAGUGGAAGCGAGGAAGGAGCAGGAUGAUUAGACCUCAGCUGCGGCCCGCGGGCCUGGGACGAUGCCUCCUGCCGGGGCUGCUGCUGCUCCUGGUGCCCGUCCUCUGGGCCGGGGCUGAGAGGCUACCUACCCAGCUGGCCUGCCCCGCGGUCUGCCAGCCCACGCGCUGCCCCGCGCUGCCCACCUGCGCGCUGGGGACCACGCCGGUGCUCGACCUGUGCCGCUGUUGCCGCGUCUGCCCCGCGGCCGAGCGUGAAGUCUGCGGCGGGGCGCAGGGCCAACCAUGCGCGCCGGGGCUGCAGUGCCUCGAGCCGCUGCGCCCCGGGCUCCCCAGCACCUGCAGUUGCCGGACGCUGGGUGGGGCCGUGUGCGGUAGCGACAGGCGCACCUACCCCAGCAUGUGCGCGCUUCGGGCCGAAAACCGCGCCGCGCGCCGCCUGGGCAAGGUCCGGGCUGUGCCUGUGCAGUGGGGGAACUGCGGGGAUACAGGGACCAGAAGCGCAGGCCCGCUCAGGAGGAAUUACAACUUCAUCGCCGCGGUGGUGGAGAAGGUGGCGCCAUCGGUGGUUCACUUGCAGCUGUGGGGCAGGUUACGUCCCGGCAGCAUGCUUGUUCCUGUGUACAGUGGCUCUGGGUUCAUAGUGUCUGAGGACGGGCUCAUUAUUACCAAUGCCCAUGUUGUCAGGAACCAGCAGUGGAUUGAGGUGGUGCUCCAGAAUGGGGCACGUUAUGAAGCUGUUGUCAAGGAUAUUGACCUUAAAUUGGAUCUUGCAGUGAUUAAGAUUGAACUGAAUGCUGAACUUCCUGUACUGAUGCUGGGAAGAUCAUCUGACCUUCGGGCUGGAGAGUUUGUGGUGGCUUUGGGCAGCCCAUUUUCUCUGCAGAACACGGCUACUGCAGGAAUUGUCAGCACCAAACGGCGAGGGGGCAAAGAACUGGGGAUGAGGGAUUCAGAUGUGGACUACGUCCAGAUUGAUGCCACAAUUAACUCUGGAAAUUCUGGUGGUCCUCUGGUGAACUUGGAUGGUGAUGUGAUUGGCGUCAAUUCAUUGAAGGUGACUGUUGGAAUCUCCUUUGCAAUUCCUUCAGAUCGAGUUAGGCAGUUCUUGGAAGAAUACCAUGAGCACCAGUUGAAAGGAAAGGCGUUUUCAAAUAAGAAAUAUCUGGGUCUGCAAAUGCUGUCCCUCACUGUGCCCCUUAGUGAAGAAUUGAAAAUGCAUUAUCCAGAUUUCCCUGAUGUGAGUUCUGGGGUUUAUGUGUGUAAAGUGGUUGAAGGAACACCUGCUCAAAGCUCUGGAUUGAGAGACCACGAUGUAAUCGUCAACAUAAAUGGGAAACCUAUUACUACUACAACUGAUGUUGUUAAAGCUCUUGACAGUGAUUCCCUUUCCAUGGUUGUUCUUCGGGGAAAAGAUAAUUUGCUCCUGACAGUCAUACCUGAAAUAAUCAAUUAAAUAUCUUGUUUUAAAGUGGGAUUAUCUAAAAAAAAAAAAAAAACAGUUGUAUCACCUGGUUUGUAUUGGAGAUGUGCCAAACAUGGCAAGAAGUUUUUGGAUCUUUUUCUUACAAAGAAAAAUGGAUGGUUAUCAACCCAAAUGCCCAUCGAUGACAGCAUGGAUAAAGCAAAUGUGGUACAUAUACACCAUGGAAUACUAUGCAGCCAUAAAAAGCAACAGUCCUCUGCAGGGACAUAGAUGGAGCUGGAAACCACUAUCCUCAGCAAACUGACGCAGGAACAGAAAACCAAAUACUGCAUGUUCUCACUUUUAAGUGGGAGCUGAACAAUGAGAACACAUGAACAUAGGGAGGGGAACAACACAUCCUGGGGCCUGGCAGUGGGUAGGGUAGAGGGAGGGAGAGCAUUAGCAAAAAUAGCUAAUGCAUGCUGGGCUUAACACCCAGGUGAUGGGUUGAUAGGUGCAGCAAACUAUCAUGGCACACAUUUACCUAUGAAACAAACCUGCACAUCCUGCACAUGUACCUCAGAAUUUAAAAAUAAAAAUAAAAAUGGUAAUGUUAUGAGAUUACAAUUAAAAAAUAAAAAAAAUGGAGUUUGAAACACAUACACACAUUCAGGGAUCAUUAGGUUGGGGUACUAUACUGUUGCUAAGAUGCCUGACUAUGUCAAGUGGAAGAAGAACACCAUGCCAGGAAAUCUGGGGGAACUGGUAACACUUUAUUAAAGGUAAGAAAGAACUAAAAGACAGGCAGUUUCUAAUUUAACCUUGAGAGAAGGACACUGUAGUAUUUUAAACCUUCUCUAUAGCCAUAAACUAGAUAUAACAGACACAUAUACAAAUGGAUCUGUCUACCGAAAUUUAAGAAACAACCUGAAUAAAGUGCAAAGGCAAUCAAUUGUUAAAUAAUACUCCUUUAGUCCAUCAGGUUUUCAGGUUGUAUCACAUUUGGCCAGGUUUGUGGGUAGAUGGGUGAUGGGUGUCAUUUAGAAGUCAAAUGAAACCCGGUAAUUUUGGAUUGUCACAUAGGAAUAUUGAUGAUUCUCAAAUUACCACUCUAGCAGCGAAAACAACUUUUGUCUCCAGCAGCUUUACUGACUGUAAGGUCAUCUUCAGUAGUUUCUAGUCUUUUAGCCCUUUAACCAAGCUCUUACC